GGCAGCCCACAACCCGUCACCUCUCUGCUCUCUGGCCCCUGGUCUGCUCUGCCCUCCUAUGAUUUUGAUGCGCUGCACGCCAAAGCGACGAGACAGAGAGAGAACGAGGAGACAGAAAUGCUGCUGCUGCUCUAGAGGCAUUGUGACUGAGCAGUGACUGCAGUGUCGCAGUGGCAUUUUACUGCGCCUGUGCGCUCACAGGCUCCAUAUCCAUUCCUCCUCUCUCCUCGCACCACUGGAGUAUUGUGGAGAGGGAGAGACCAGGAUAUAGAGAGAGAGAGCGAGGAGGGAAGAGAACAAGAACGGAGCUGCUGAUCAGGUGGGAUUGGACGGGACGGGACGCGUGCGUGCAUGGGUGUUUAAUGGUUUUGACUGUUUUCUUGCUCGCAAGUUGAUGAGAGAUUUCUCCUCAUCCGACCUUAUCUCCCCGUCGCCGUUCGCCUUUGCUCGGGCGCCUUGUCCUCUUGCGCACCGCGUUGUUCUUGGGGUGGAGUUUCCGGUGGUUCUUGGACCGAUUUGGCGUUUCGUGCUGAUAUUUUGCUCGCAUUUCGGUGCCUCCGUCUUGGGCCGGUUCGUUGCGCUGAUCUUGGUUGCGAUCCAGGGGUUGAGGCGAGGAUGCUGCUGAGGAGGGUGGCGGCGGCAGACGACGGCUCCGGGGUGGGUGCGGGUGCGGGGAGGCCGCGGCUCUUCGCCGUGCCUAGGCUGCUGGUGGGGCUCAGGGCAGCCAAGUUCGGUGCCCCGGAGUGUGACUCGCCGACGGCGGCGCGCAGCCCGACGUCGCCGCUCGACCUCAGGCCCUUCGCCGUGCCCGGCGGCUCGCUGCUCCGGUCGCCGCGCUCGCCCAGGAGCUGGGAUUCGCACCGCGUCGGGCUCGGCGGCCUCGUUGACAAUCUCGCCGAGCCCGCCGCCGACGCCAAGAACCGCCUGCUCGGGCCCCCGAUGCGGCAGCUGUUCAAGCUGCCGAUCCGCCUCACCAAAUCUUACGCCUCCCAGCCGAGAGACUGCGCCCACGCACCCCUGGAGCUCGGAAAUGCGGAGACCGCCGCCGGCGCAGGCGGCAAGCCGGUGCCGUGCAGCAGGUCCUACGGGGAUGUGAAGUCUGGUCCAAAGGUCAUCGUGCCCGGUGGCGUUCACCUCGGCGUGAGCAGCCAUUCGGCAGAUCUUGGCAAGUUCCCAGCGCCCGGGUCGCUGCCGGCGUCGAUCGGCGGGCCACGCCGGUACAUCGGGUCGGUGUCGGCGACGGAGGUGGAGCAGUCGGAGGACUACACCUGCAUCAUUGCUCACGGUCCUAACCCGAAGACCACUCGCAUCUUUGGGGACUGCAUCUUGGAGCCCAUCACUGUGCGUGUGCCUGAUGGUGAGAGCAUGGAAGCCAUGGAAGUGAAGGAAGGAGCUGAGUCCUACUGGCUGGUGAAGUGCUCCGGCGACGCAGGCGAGGAGUUCCUAAGCUCCUCUUGCUUGUCUUGUAACAAGAAGCUGGAUGGCAACGACUCUUGCAUUUAUCGAGGUGAGAAAGCAUCCUGCGGUGGAAACUGCAAGGAUCAAGAAAUCCUUAUUGAAGAGAAAGAGGAGAACAGCACGGCGAUAUCCUCCCUCAGUUCAGUUGGCUCCUCAUCGUCAUUCAACGAUGACAUAUUCAUGGCUGGAAUGGUUUUGUUGACUGGACCAGUUGACGCCCAGUUCCCCUGAUGCUCCGAGUACCGGGGUCGAUGAUCAAUGAUUUCAAUCAUCAUCACCAUUGCAAUUUUUGCCAGCACCACCACCAUCAUUUUGCUGGCUUUGUAAGUUUUGUUCCAGCAGUUGAGAAAUUCGGUGGCAUUGGUCGUCCAUUGAGGAUUGGAAGCUCUAUUUAGCCCUAAGAAUUUUGCCGAGCUCUGAGCUCUCGGCUUUUAGAACGGAGAGCUUGCCUGCCUUUAGCACUGUAAUUUGGUCCUUAGGCAACUGGCACUGCAAGUUCCCAUUUUAUUUUUUAGUUUUUCUCUUCUUUGGUUUCCUCCUAAGCAGCAAUGAUAAUGUUUGCGUGCUGUAAGUUGCAACAACAUUAUGAGAUAAUGGCAUUGA